AUGAUUAAGCUAGUACCUAAGAUGAAGACUAACAGACUUCUACUUUUUGCCUUUGUAGUAGUCUGGUUCAUUGCCUUCAACUUUUAUUUAUACAGUUAUCAUUCUGAAACCAUAUCUGAUGGUAUUUCAAGUAUAAUCGAUACCACUCAACAACAAUUUCAAUCAUUUAAAGGUUCAAAUUCAAAUUCAAAUUCAAAUUCAAAUUCAAAUUAUGAUUCAUUUGAUAAACAAGAUAAAGCCAAAGCAGGUUAUAAACCUUUAAAUACUUCCAUAUUAGAUACUAGUCCUUUAAAACUUUAUAUCGAACAAUAUUUAGAUGAUAAAAGAAAUAUCGAUCCUAUAUUUUCUACUAAUUAUGAAACUUUAUUCACCGCCAAUGAUGAUAAUUUAAAUACUAAUCCUGAUUUUUAUACGUUUUUAUCAAAAUUAGAUUUUAAUGAUCGUUGUCAAUUAUAUUUUGAAAAUUUAUUUGAAAAUAAUCAAAAUUGGUAUUUAAAUCCAAAUGAAAGAGCUCCUGCCUACAGAUUUAAUUUCGAUUAUGAAAAUUGGACUAAUGAUAAUAAAAAGGAAUUACAAGAACAUUUUAAUGAAGAUAAUGGUCAUAAUAAAAAUGAUCAAAUAAAAGAUCAAGAUGCAUUUAAGAAAUAUGUUGAUGAAAAAUAUCAUGAAUUUGCUGAUCCAAUUUAUGAACAUGAACAAAAAAUGGCUGAUGCUUUAAGUCAUUUAAGAAUCUUUAAUAAAUGUUAUUUAACUUCAAAUGAAGUUCAUCAACAAAAUACCCUUAAGAACUUUAUUACUGAACAAAAACAUUUUGCAAAAUCAAUGUUAACCUUAGAACAUCAAGACUUAAAACAUAAAGUAAGUUCAACCAAGAAUGAUAAAAGAUCCAUCAAACUUGAUCCAAAAACAGAUUGUUCUAAUUUAGAAGAACGUUUAUAUCCAUGGUUAUCGAAUCAUUAUCCCGUAUAUGAAAAAUGGACCAGUGAAAUCGUAUUACAUCCUCCAACUUUCCAAAAUUCAAAUGCUCGUAAAAAUAAUCCAUCUUCAGAAUCUCAAUAUGGGUCAUGUUUCUUAAAUAAAUUCAGAAAAUCCUUAAGUGGGAAAGGUAUUGUCUUAACUAUUGGUGAUCAACAUGUUGAAGAUACUCUUCAUUUAAUUGCGUUAUUAAGAGCUCAUCAUAAUACCUUACCUAUUCAAAUUGUUUAUUAUGAUAAUCUUUCCGGUCAUUCUAAAUCAAAAAUUGUUAGGGCAGCUAGAGAAAUCAUGAGAGAUUUACCCGAAUCAUUUGAAGCAGUUAGAGAUAAAUUCUCGAUAGAUUAUGAUGCUGGAUUACCUCAACAAGAAAUUUAUUUCGUUAAUACUUAUAGUGUGAUUCAUGAAAAUUACAAGCUGAAAUUCUCAGGAUAUGGUAAUAAAUUAUUAGCUACUCUUUUCAAUUCAUUUGAAGAAUUCUUAUUGAUCGAUGCUGAUACUGUAUUAUUAAAGAGUCCAGAUUGGUUCUUUGCUAAUAGUAAAUAUACUAAAUCAGGAGCUUUCUUCUAUAGGGAUAGAACAGCAGUUCCAAAGAGACCUGAAGCUGAUGCAAGAUUCAUUAAAAAAAUGUCUCCUUCAAAACUUGAUGCUAUUUUAUUUGAUUUCCCUUUACUUACUUCUCAUACUUAUGAAUUACAAGCUAUGAAUGGAUUAUUCCAUGAAAUGGAAUCAGGAGUGGUUGUCAUUGAUAAAACCAAACAUUUCAAUUCGAUCUUAUUAUUACCUCAAUUGAAUUUCAUGGAUGCAUUUAAAGAUAGAAGUCAUGGUGAAAAGGAAUUAUUUUGGUUUUCAUUUGUAAUUAAUGGAGAUGAAGGAUUUAUCUUUAAUAAAUAUCAUGCAGCUGCUGCUGGUAGAAUUGGAGAACCAAGAGUUGUCAAUGGUGGUUUAAUCCGUAAUGCUCAAGAAGUAUGUUCUGCUCAUCCUGCUCAUGUUGAUGAUGAAACCGAUGAAAUUGUAUGGAUUAAUUCAGGUUUCCAUUUCUGUGGUCAAUAUAGUGUAGUUGAUUAUCAACACGAUUUAGAUGCUCAAGAUGGAAGAUUAAAACCAGGUAUAACUACCGUUGAACAAAUCAAGGCUUAUUAUUAUAAUCCACUUCAAAUUGAAGCUAUGAUUAUUCCCCCAUUUACAGAACCAGGUAAUAUGAGACUUGAAAAUGGGGAAGGCGAACCUAUUGAAGGAUGGGAAAUGAUUCAUGAUUUAUGCCAUGAAUACAUUUGGUGUGCUUAUAGUACUAUUGGAGGUAAAGGUAAUCGUCAAACUGGUACCAUUAUAAAUGUUGAUGAAGAUACCCAAAAGUUAAUCCGAUAUUAUGGGGAUAUCUGGGUUGGAGCAGAAUAA